AUGGUCAAACAUUCAGAUGAAUGCAAUGGAAGGUGCGAGCUUGAAACGAGGGAUUUCAUCGACGAUGCCGGAAACGAAACAUGCUACGUCGAGCUACCAAAAUGCAAAUGGCGAGAAUUCGAUAAAUAUUCCGAAAAAGCGGCCGAUGAACUUAUAGCAGAAAUAGAAGCAGAAGGAGACGAUUUGAUGUGUUUGUAUCCGCCACCACCGGUUCCGACUCGUCAAAACGUGGAUGGUCUGCUCAGAAAGCAAGCCUUUUCAUUGUAUAGCAAUGAAUUUGCGAACGCUGCUGCGGCAAAAGUGGAGUUUGACGACUUACAACCGCAAUCGGGCAAUGAUGAAGACUCCAAGUUAAUUUUAAUGGAAGAGCGAUACGAGAGUGUCGAUUUCGAAAUUGCUAGAGAGCAUGCUUAUAAAAGGUCGAAUGGAUGUGGAGUCUCGGUGAAAGGUCAACAAAAAUGGAAGUUAUCUGAAAAUUUUCCGCAUUGUCCGUUUCCAGUUCUUUUUGCCGACCACCCGCUUAUUAAAGCCCUCGAAAAAUUGCCUUGGGAAGCUGAAAGAAUGAUUAUUAACGAAUUGGAAAGCGAUGAAAAUAGUCUGCCAAUACACAUUAGAAAAAAUCCAUUUGUUCCCACGCCAAUUCAUAUUGCCAUCUGGGAAAGGAAUGUGGAGAUCAUCGACAUUUAUCUAAAACUUGCGGGAGCUCGUGCAAACGGGAUUCGAAUUACUCAAAGUGCCGAAGAAAAGUGCCAGUUUUGGCUAAAAAGCUGGCUUAAAAGUUUUUCCGUUUCGCCGUAUAACGCGAUUGCAGACAACUCUCGGCUUUGGCAAAGUGAUGAUACUUCGACCCCAAAUCACUCCAAAAUUGAUCAAACUUUGCUCGAAAAGAUAAACCAGCUGAUCUCAAUCAUCCCUCCGGAUAGACAAUUUUCCUUCGAAAUUCUUCGAUGGGGCGACGCUGGAUAUCAAGGAAGAGGGCAGCCAACUGAAAUUGAGAAUCCCGUCUCCAUCGCCUGCUCUAGCGGAGAUCUUGGGCUUUUGAAAGCUCUGCUUUCGUCUAUUCUAGAGUAUAUUUGCGAUAGCGAUGAAGACGCGUUCAGCUUUAUGCUGUACAUCGAAUCGGCUUUGCUCAAUCUUAUUCGCUUUGGAGAUGUGGCCGUCUUCGAAGAAGGAAGCGAUUUAAUCUGGAACUUUGUUGGAGAUGUCUACAACCAAUGGGGCAAUGUUUUCCCGGAGAGCUCGAAGGGAAACGAUAAGCAUCAAUUGAAAAUUGUUGGCCUUGAUUCAACCUUCAGCGCAGCGAUUGCGACAGGCCUUCCUGAAAUGGAAAAAGCUGUGACGAAGUUUUGGCAAAGCUUUAAGGACACAUUUGGAUUUUCUUUUGCGGUGACAAACCUUGAUGAUGAAUGUCGAGUAGCGGAAACGGCGAUUGCUGGCGAGUUCUCCCCAACCGAA